AGCUGAUGGGAAGCUAAGUAGAUCUCAUUAUCAGCCUUACAACGGUUUCUUGUAUCAUUGUCUUGGGUGCCUUAGUCUAUGGUUUAUGCUGACAGAGACUAAAAAAAAAAUAUGGUAUGAAGUACUUAACGUCAUGGAGAAGCCCAGCAGAUCCAUCUUCGGGGGAUUUCUCGGUCAAGCUUGAUUACCGUGGAUUCCCGGAAAUUUUCCUUUGGGACAAUAAAAAGAUAGAAUACAGAAGCGGGCCCUGGAACGGCGUGAGGUUCAGCGGCACUCCGGAGGGGAAAACUCCGGAUUAUCUCAAGUUCGAAUUUGUCACCAAUCAAGACGAGGUGACUUACUCAUUCUCUGUCACGACCAAUAAUCUGUUUUCCAGGCUGAUCGUGAAUCCCAACGGAGUUCUUCAGAGAUUAACCUGGAUUCCGGACUACAAACAAUGGAACCCAUUCUGGUACUCACCGAAGGAUCAGUGCGACAAUUACAGAGAGUGCGGUCCGUACGGUAUCUGCGACGUGAAUGCAUCCCCUGUUUGCAAGUGCCCAAGAGGGUUCGAGCCGAAGAACUUGGAGGCGUGGAAUUUGAGAGAUGGGUCAGAUGGGUGUAUGAGGAAGACGAAUUUGGAGUGCAUGGGAGACAAAUUCUUGCACCUGAGAAAUGUGAAGCUGCCAGAAACCACCACGGCGUUUGUGGACCAGAGUACGAGUCUUAAGGACUGCGGAGAUCUGUGCCUGAGGAAUUGUUCUUGCACUGCUUAUGCUAACGCCGAUAUCAGAAACGGUGGCACGGGGUGUGUCAUCUGGGUCAGUGAACUUCUGGACAUCAGAGAGCACCCUUCCGGUGGUCAGAAUCUGUUUGUUCGACUGGCUGCUUCUGACCUCGCACUUUCUCCCUGCUACCUUUUCUGAUCUCUUUCAUUUUCUCUUACUCUCUCCCUUUUCUCCCUUCCUUUCCUCAUUCUUCCUAGAUCCAGGUUUGUACAAACCCAGAUUUUUAGGUUUUGAAACCUUGAAUUUUGGGUUCUUACGAAUCUGUUCUUCCAACCCGUACCUUCUACCUUCUCCAAUCGUCCAUCCCCUUCUUUCUUUCUUCCCCUCUCCUAUGCAUCCUCUUUCAUUAAACCUAACAGAUUUGGAUUCAUGAACCCCCUCGGAUAUGGGUUCGCAUGGAACCUAGAUGAAUUGGCCGGAUUCGAACGAACCCGAAUAUUAGUUUGCGUGUACCUAGAUGAAUUGGGUUCAAAUGAACCCAAAUCUGGGUUUGUUCGAACCUUGUUCUAGGUUUGUGGAAAUCCAGAUUUCUGGAUUUUUGAACCCAGAUUUUUGAGUUUUCGAAAUCCAGAUGUGUGGGUUUAUUUGAACCCAGAUUUUGGGUUUUCCAAUGGGUGCCUUCAUUGCUUUUGCAUUGCCAUAAAAGAACUUCGCAGCA